AGUAAUCAAAGGGUUGCAUUUCACUAAAAAGUCAAAUCAUUUCCUCAGCCCCUUUUGAAAUCAAGAAUGGAGAUAACAUGUGCACUUGUCUGUGAGAUCUUACUAGCAAUCUUGCUUCCUCCUCUUGGUGUUUGCCUUCGCAAUGGUUGCUGCACUGUGGAGUUCUUGAUUUGCUUGGUAUUGACCAUAUUGGGCUAUGUUCCUGGAAUUAUCUAUGCUCUCUAUGCAAUCCUCUUUGUUGAACGUGAACCACGAAGGGAUCAUUAUGACACUCUUGCUUGAUCUUUGUUGACUAUAUCAUUUCAGAUUGUGUGCUUGUUGUUUUGUUUUGCUUGUAAGUUAUACCUACGUUGCUCGGACUCUACAAAAAUGUUGCAGUCCCCGUGUCGGAUCUUCCAAAAAUACGUUGUUUUUGAAGGAUCUGACACGCACGCAGGCAUUUUUGAAGGGUCUUUUUGACUCCAACUAUGGAUGUAUUGUACCUUAUGUCGCUCAUUCUGAAUCAACUCUUGCAGUGUAAGUUUAUGGAUUGGUAAUUUAUUGCCCUUUGUUCUAAGGUGUUAAAUUUCUCGU